AGAUUGACUAAAAAAUGACAAAAUAAACAAAUCUUUGAACGUAACCUCAAAGUCGAAUAAUGUUGGGAAUUUAAUUUUUUAAAUUACAGUCAUGACUUCCUAUGGUAAAGCCGAAACGGAAAAACUCAAACAGAAUCUGGAAGGUCAGUUAGAUAGAUUAGUGGAACAACUGCAGGAUUUGGAAGAUUGCAAAAAAGAAUUAGAGGAGGAAGAAUAUGAAGAAACUAAAAAUGAAACAAUGGAGCAACUGAAAGAACUGAAUGACAGCCUAAAUAAAUUGGUAAAGGGUGACAUUUCAUUGGUUAGUGCAUUGGGGGCUGUACAGCUUGCUACACAAGCUGCCAUAUCACAAGCAUUCAGAACGCCAGAGGUGAUUCGGCUAUUUGGAAAGAAAGAUCCCAAACAACUUCGUGAAAGGUUGUUAAUGAUUGAGGAGAGCCUGAGACUCAAUACGUUAAGCAUAGACUCGAGAGAUAGACAAAAGGCUGAAAUUUUAAUGGCACUACGACAGUUGGGCGAACAAUUAACCACAGAAGAAUUGAAGUUUUUAGAAAGCCACAAUGACAUAUCAAACGCUUUCAAAAACGUAGCUUUUGUGGAGGUUGAUGAUGAUUGAUUUUAUAAUUUUUCACUGAAUAAAUUGAAAUUUUUUUACAAC